CGCGGAGUCUCGGGUCGCCGGCUCUGCAGCUGGAAGGCACAGCUCGCUCGCUUCCCGGGAGCGGAGCGGCGGCCAUGUUCUCCGGCAGCGUGCUGCUGCCCGGCGGCGAUGCGACGGCGGACUGCGUGCUACGCACCUCGGACGGCGGCGCGUUCCGUGCGCACCGCGCCUACCUGUGCACAGUCAGCCCGUACUUCGCGGCGGUGUUCCGCGAGCAGUUCGGCUCGCCCAGGGACGUCGUCGUCGGCGGUGUCAGUGCCGCAGUGCUCGACGCGCUGCUCACCUUCCAGUACACAGACCAGCUAUGCGUGAGCCCCCAGAACGUCUUGGAGGUUCUGCAGGCGGCCGACAUGUUUCUGUUGGACGAGGCUCGCAAGCAGUGCCUGUUGCUGCUGCUGAAGACCAUGGGGACCCAGAACUGCCUGAGCCUGGCCGCCCUUACGCGCCAGUACUACUGCCCGAACUUUACAGACGCCGUAUUCACCUUCGUGCGCGAGAACUUUGACGAGGUCUGGCGGCUCAGCGAGGAGUUCGUGGACACCCCUGCAUGGCUCAUGUACCAACUGCUCUCCUCGCCGGAGCUUAAUGCGGAUCGCGAAGAGGACGUGCUUCACGCGAUUGCACGGUGGUUCUCGGCCGUCUCGUCACCCGAAGAGGCAAACCGCACCGAACUGCUGGAGCUGCUCCAGUGUGUACGCAUUGGCCGUUUCAGUAAAGAUGCCCUGGCCCAGUUCCGCAAUCGCUGGCCUUCGCUGUUUGACAGCGCUGAGUUCCAAGAGGCCAUCAUACAGGCCCUCACAUUAGGCCCCUGCAUGUGCUCGCCGAACAAGCUGAUGCGCGCACUGACUGAACCGGAAAACCCGCCAGAGCCGACUCCACCGGCUAACGCGGCUCCAAAUCUGGCCGUGGCUGCCGCCGCCGCCAUCAACGAGGCCGGAAACUUGUUCCUGGCCAUGCAAGCUCAGAAUGCCGCCCUUGUAGCAGCCGCUCAAGGAGCACCCGUUCAAGAAGCAGCCGCAGAGGAAGAACCCGAGCCUCCAUACGAGCCCAUGGAGCUGAAAAAGGCGCGUUGCGAUCUUUGCGGUCGCACGAACCCCGAGCGCUGGCUGCCGCGGCUGCCGUGUGAGAUCAUCUUUCUGAUCGGCGGCUGGAGUAGCGGCCAGCCGCGGUCCACCAUCGAGACCUUCGACCCACGAGUAAACCGCUGGUUUCAGCACAAGAACGAUUCUUUCGCUGCAAGAGCGUACCACGGCGUGGUCGUGUUCCGGCGGCGCAUCUACGUGGUGGGCGGCAUGAAGCUGCGUACUUACCUCCGCUCAAUGGACAGCUACGACCUGGACCGCUGCGAGUGGCAACACCACUCGCCGAUGCAUGUGCCGCGGGCGUACGUGACCACGGCAGUGCUCGGAGAGCACAUCUACGCCAUGGGCGGUCACACCGGCAUGGAACGUACGUCCACCGUGGAGCGGUAUAGCCUUCGCACAAACCAGUGGACCAUGGUUGCCCGCAUGAUGAGAAGGCGCAGCGACGGCUCAGCAUGCGUCUUCAGAGGCCGGCUGUACAUCAGCGGCGGCUUCAAUGGCCGCAGCGUGCUCGAGAGCGUGGAGGAGUACACGCCAUCGCUGGACUCGUGGUCGCUGGUGCGACCGCUGCCUUACCCGCGCUGCAGCCACCGCAUGAUUCAGCACGGCGGUCGGCUAUACGUCAUCGGCGGCUUCGACGGACGCCGCCGGCUGUACACAGUGCUCCGCAGUGAUGCCAGCCUUCCACUGAGCUGGCACAAGAUACCUCCACUAACCUGCGCCCGCAGCACUUUUGCCGUGGCACAGCUUGGAGACGUCAUCUAUGUCAUUGGCGGCUUCAAUGGGACGUCACUCGUAUCGGACGUGGAGUGCUACACGCCGGGACAAACGUGCUGGCAGAAGGCCAAGCCCCUCAAUGGGCCUGUCAGCGCGCUGUCUGGCUGCGUCAUCACUGGCAUCGAGGCAGCCCGGAAGUUCUCUGCCCGAGGAGCUUUGCUGCCGCCUGUGAAACCACAGGUUGCCUGACAAGUCAAACCGAAGCAACCACAUCUAACACGCUGCAGCGCAACUACACUAGUGUUUACUCAAAAUAGCGGCUAUAUGUAAAUUAUUUCAACUGAUAUGUGGCUAAAAUUUUAAGGCAAGACUGUGUGCCGCUAGUAGAGAUCGACGUUCGUUUUCACUUCCCUUUCCUAGAAGAACAGACAUUACUUUUUUACUAUGCGUACCACUCUUUGACUUCCCUUCUAUGCGACAACACCUGCAAAGAUGCUGAGACGCGGAAGAGCGCAGCAUGUUGCCUGAGAACGAAACCAAGUAGUUUCCCUAGAAAAAGGAAUCCUCAAGGAAAGUGGCUCCCAGAUGGUGAUACAAGUUUGUACGUCUGAAGAAGCUUGACGCAGCCCAAUUAUAAGGCCUGCAGCAGUUACCUUAGAUUCGUGAAACAAUGUUCAGUUUGGUAAAACAAGUCCUGACUGCUUCCUGAAGACCUCUCUUGGAAAUCUUGGACGCUCAGAAGAACGUCAGAACGCUAUAUACCUCAAUUAGACGGGCUUUAGGUUGACAGGUAUAUAUAUUUUCGUUCCUUAAGGACUGAUCACAAGCAAGUCAUCUCCGUAGCCAGAAGCGCAAGGACUGCUGAGCUCGUGGAAAGCUGAAGCACAUGCUAUGAAAGCCGGACGAGCGGCUUCAAUCCCUCCCCCCCCCCCCUUUUUUUUUUUUUCCUGCGCGAGUUCUUUUCAGCUACGAGAGUGAUACAGCGGGCCUACAGAUCGAUGACCUUCUAAACGAAGAUGGCGUCUUGAAGGCCGACAGUUGAUCAGCAGCAGCUGGCGGCUCCUGAGCGACGUCAACGUCUCGCCAAUCCAAGCCUAGUCGAGAAUCGACAGCAGGUCCGCAGCAGCCGUAUUAAUUUCCGCUCCUGAUGGACAGGCCACAAGCGAUGAAGAUCCACAGUUACAAGGAAAUUGACUGGGGAGAUCGUGGAAAGCUUUAAAAGCACAGUUUAUGGACCUCUGAAAAUGUACCGCCCGGAAGGUUAAGAUCCCUUACAUGACACGUCCUCCUCUACCACUAGAGUGCAAUGGUGACCUAGCGCCGGGAUGACUUCUGAAGCGAUGGUGGCUCCUAGAAAGCCGACAGUCAAGAAGUGGCAUGAAGCGGUAAGAAUGUUGACGACACAAGUCAGUGCACCAUCGCCAGCGCGUCUCAAGACAUUUUACAACGAGGCGUCAACUGGUGACUGUGAGGUGCACCUGCGUUAAGACAUCCUCCGUUUAGCCUGCUCGUGUAACUUUUUUUGGAGACCUGGAUAACAGUGACUUUAAAUGACCCGUAUCGUAGACUCGCGUGACCAACGCUGCUGUACAAACUUCGUCGGACGGUCGACAUGAGUGAAUUCUCAGCGUGCGUAACCGCUGCGAACGCAUGUAUACUGGUCUCGGUCCUUAGACUAGGAGCUCCUUUUGUUUAUAUUAAACGCUCACCAUUAAG